AUGGGGAAGGGAGCCGAUGCGAGGUGUGCUGCCCCCCCCUCCUAUCGAUCCCACGCACCCCCCCUCGCUGCUCCCUCCUACGACCACCCUGGCUGGGACCCCCGUGUGCGCGUGACCCCCCAGAAUCAGAUCUACAUGUUGGACCAGGAGGAGGUACACCCUUUGCUGAUGCGCGAGCGGCGCUCAGAGUCCCACAGGAACAAGCUGCUGCGCAGGACAGUGAGUGUUCCUGUUGAGGGCAGGCACCAUCCGGAGAUGGACCACGCUCGUGCCAGGCGGAAGAGCAUAGCCACUGGGAAGCAGCCAAGCAUGGAGACCCCCCCUUCCGCCCCCCCUCAACCCUUCCGACAAUCCAGUUUCCUGAGCCGCAGACUGAAGGGCUCCAUCCGGCGAGCCAAGAGCCAACCCAAACUGGACCGCAGCAGCAGCUUCCGCCAGAUGAUCCUGCCCCGCUUCCGCAGCGCCGACCAGGACAGGACUCGCCUGAUGCAGAGCUUCAAGGAGUCCCAUUCCCAUGAGUCCCUGUUGUCCCCCAGCAGUGCGGCCGAGGCGCUGGACCUCACGCUGGACGAGGACGCCAUCAUCAAGCCCGUCCACUCCAGCAUCCUCGGACAGGAGUACUGCUUUGAGGUGACUACAGCUUCAGGUACAAAGUGCUUCGCGUGUCGCUCUGCCGCAGAACGAGACAAAUGGAUCGAGAAUCUUCAAAGAGCCGUCAAACCCAACAAGGACAACAGUCGGCGGGUGGACAACGUGCUGAAGCUGUGGAUCAUCGAGGCGCGGGAGCUGCCGCCCAAGAAGCGCUACUACUGCGAGCUGUGCCUGGACGACAUGCUGUACGCCCGCACCACCAGCAAGCCGCGCACCGACACCGUCUUCUGGGGCGAGCACUUCGAGUUCAACAACCUCCCCGCCGUACGCAACCUGAGGUUGCACCUCUACAAGGAGACGGAUAAGAAGAGACGCAAGGAGAAGAGCACCUACCUGGGCCUGGUCAGCAUUCCCAUCUCCAGCAUCACGGGCCGGCAGUUUGUGGAGCAGUGGUACCCGGUCAUCCAGCCCAGCGUGCUGACCAAAGGGGGCGGCGUGGGGGGCGGCAAGAUCAUCAACGCCUCGCUGCGCCUCAAGUCGCGCUACCAGACCAUGAGCAUCCUGCCCAUGGAGCUGUACAAGGAGUUUGCCGAGUACGUCACCAACAACUACCGCACGCUGUGCGCCGUGCUGGAGCCGCUGCUGAGCGUGAAGAGCAAAGAGGAGGUGGCCUGCGCACUGGUGCACAUACUGCAGAGCACCGGCAAGGCCAAGGAUUUCCUUUCGGAUAUGGCCAUGUGUGAGGUGGAUCGCUUCAUCGACCGGGAGCACCUCAUCUUCCGAGAGAACACCCUGGCCACCAAAGCUAUAGAAGAGUACCUCAAACUGAUUGGACAUAAGUACCUCAAGGAUGCUUUAGGUAAGUACGAACGUGACUUUAUCCGAGCCUUGUACGAGUCAGAGGAGAACUGUGAGGUGGACCCGAUGAGAACCCCUCCCUCUGUCCUGCCCGACCACCAAGCCAACCUGCGCAUGUGCUGCGAGCUGGCACUCUGCAAGAUUGUCAACUCCCAUUGUGUGUUUCCUCGCGAGCUGAAGGAGGUGUUUGCGUCGUGGCGCGUGCGCUGUGCGGAGCGCGGGCGCGAGGACAUCGCCGACCGCCUCAUCAGCGGCUCGCUCUUCCUGCGCUUCCUGUGCCCCGCCGUCAUGUCCCCCUCGCUCUUCAACCUCACGCAGGAGUACCCCGACGAGCAGACCUCACGCACACUCACACUCAUCGCCAAAGUCGUCCAGAACCUCGCCAACUUCUCCAAGUUCGGCAGCAAGGAGGAGUACAUGUGCUUCAUGAACGAGUUCCUGGAGAUGGAGUGGGGCUCCAUGCAGCAGUUCCUGUACGAGAUCUCCAACCUGGACAGCGUGACCAACGCCGGGGCCUUCGAGGGCUACAUCGACCUGGGCCGGGAGCUCUCCAUCCUGCACAGCCUGCUCUGGGAGGUCAUGGCCCAGCUCAGCAAGGACGCCAUCAUCAAGCUGGGCCCGUUGCCGCGGCUACUGAAUGACAUCAGCAUGGCGCUGCGUAACCCGCACCUGCAGAGGCAGCCCAGCCACCAGCAAGAUCGGCAGGCCGAACGCCAGGCGGAGCGCCUCCGCUCCCGGCCCAGCUUCAACCGCGCAGGCUCCUCCGACUUCCAGAACAUCAUGAUGCGGGACCUUAACAGUUCCAUAGAUAUCACCCGCUUGCCUUCCCCGACCUCCGGCAUGACCAGCGGGGGUGUGGGCGUGACACCAAGGGCUGGCAUGGGGGGCUACAUGGAGCGGGACCACCCCCAUCGAGCCUCCUCCAAAGACGUCUUCUACGUGACCCGCCCACCCUUAGCACGCUCAAGCCCCGCCUACUGCACCAGCAGCUCCGACAUCACUGAACCAGACGCCAAGGCCUCCCUGUCCGGCCUUGGCAGCUUCGGUGGCGUUGGAGGCAGAGGAGGAGGAGGAGGAGGAGUAGGCCUCGGGGGGCAGCUCCGCGCCGGCGGCCGCCUCUCGGCCGGCUCGGGGGGCUCCAGCAUGUCGGGCGGCCUGCGCCUCAGUCAGCUGAGCCAGAUGGGCGCCACCACUGACUCGCUGUCCCAGCAGCAGCAGCAGCAGGCGGCCGCCAUGCGCUACCCGCUCUCCUUCCAGAACCCGCUGUUCCACCUGGCCGCCGACGGACCCCAGAUGCACCCCCACCACCACCACCAACACCACCCUGGACACCACCAUCAGCACCCGCACGGCCCUGGAGGCGGUGGAGGAGGCGUCGGGGGUCGCGCCCAGCCUCCCCCUCCCUUGCUGCUCGCCCCGGAGCCGGACGGCAUGCACCCCAACUACAUGCCACAGUUCGGCCACAGCGGCUUCUCCCGCAGCGAGGACCUGUCCACGCUGCGCACCGCCUCGCACCUGGGCCAGCCCGCCAUCAUCCACUCGCACAGCUACAGCGACGACUACACGCGUCACAGCCAGGCUACGGACUACGGACGCCGCCAGCUCUCCAUGCACAUGCAGGACAACCUCCAGCAGCAGGAGAUGAUGGGCAUGGCUUCCCAGACAGGCACCUCCCACUCCUCCCUGGCCUCUCCCCCGACCACCGUCCAGCCCGUCCGACAGAGCUCCAUGGCUACCCCGUCUGGCCAGCAGCCGCAACAGCAACCGCAGCGCAUGAAGUCCCAGACCUCACACCAGCUGUCCGUCAGCUCCGCGGCGGCCUCCACUCCUCCAAAACAGCGCCCACAGAGUGGCAACCUGCUACAGUCGCCCGAGUCGGCCGGUUAUGGGGUGGUUGGGGGUCGGCAGCAGCAACCACAGGCGGGGCCCCGGCAGCAGCUAUCGGUGAAGGACAGCACGCCACCGGGCCUGCCCCAUCAGCAGAGCUCCACCCGGGAGAGCCAGGGGUCGCAGGGGUCACAGGGCGGCACGCCUCAGUCCACUCAGCAGUCCUCCAAGCAGCAGCAGCAGCAGCAGCCACAGCAGCAGCACCUGCUUAAGCCCACCAUGAGCAAACAGGGUUCCCAAUCCCCCCAAACCCUCAACCCCCUCACCCCGGCCUCAGAGCGGACAGUCGCUUGGGUGUCCAACAUGCCGCACCUGUCGGCUGACAUUGAGAGCAUGCGCACUGACCGAGAGGACUUCAAGCUAAAGGAGUACUCAAAGAGCAUGGACGAGUCGCGGCUGGAUAGGGUGAAGGAGUACGAGGAGGAGAUCAACUCCCUAAAGGACCGGCUGAUGAUGUCUCACCGUAAGCUGGAGGAGUACGAGCGGCGGCUGCUGAUGCAGGAGCAGCAGACCAACAAGAUCCUGCUGCAGUACCAGAACCGGCUGGACGACAGCGAGCGCCGCCUCCGCAUGCAGCAGCAGGAGAAGGACUCCCAGAUCAAAGGCAUUAUCAACAGACUGAUGGCUGUGGAGGAUGAGCUGAGGGGUGGAGUUGUGCCAGAACCCAAACCCAGGAUAUUCGCCGAUCAGACAGGAAACAUCACACUGAUAUAGGCUGUUGCAGCUGAAACAUUUGUCUGACUCCUGCAAUGAAUGAAUAACAAAAAAGAAGAAACUGAG